UUGGCAUUGACAUUUUCAACGAGGUUAAAGGCUGAAAGUCUAAAUGAGAUGAAAAUGUUUUUGUGUACAAAGUAAAUUGAAAAUAAGCCUGUUUAAUUAAUAAUCGGCUUUUAGGACAAAUAAAAAUGUCGAACGAUGCUGAAGAACCAGCGGAAUUGCUGGAAGAUGCAUCAGAGCUUCUUUUGAAUUUAUCUCAAGAUUUGCGAGACCUAUAUUCCUUUAGGGAUCUUUUCUUUGAAAAUCAUCCUUUUGAAAUGGCAUCAGAGAAAAACAAAUGUGUUGAAGAGAAAAAACAGAAGUUAGUCGAGAAAUUUGAAAAUAUUGAUGUUGACACACAAAUACCAUUUUCUCACCGAGCAGAAUUCCUAUACUUGAAGGGUAGAUGCUACAACAUUAGCUCCGUCUAUGAUCCUCAAGCUGCCCAAUGCUUAAGCAAGGCGGUGAAACUAAACCCCAAUUUAGUUAGUGCCUGGAAUGAACUCGGCGAAUGCUAUCUGAAGAAUAUGAAUGUUAAGGAAGCUAAAAAUAGUUUUGAAGGUGCUCUUAAACAUGAACGUAAUCGCGUGGCACUGCGAUGCCUUUCAAUAAUACUACGUCAAGAAAACACUGGUAGCGCCAGUGAAGCGAAAUCUGCGAUCUUAGCCAGUGUAGUUAUGGCCAAGGAGGCCGUAGCUCAAGAUACAAAGGAUGGUAUAUCGUGGACAGUUCUCGGCAAUGCUUAUUUAUGUCAGUUCUUCAUGGUCAAACAAGAUCCGGCUACGUUGAAACUAUGUAUGAGUGCUUACAAACAGGCCUGGUCGGAUCCAAUAGCUAGGGGUCAACCAGAUUUAUAUUACAACAAGGGUGUGGCGUUGAAAUAUGAAGAGCAGUACAACGAAGCUCUGGAGAUGUUCCGCACAGCGAUGCAGCUGGAUCCAGGCUGGGCUCCAGCAGUUCGCGAGCUGACAGCUCUCAAGGCACACCUGGCAGCUGCAACCACACUCGUAAGGACGAGGGGAAGGAUCAAGGCCAAGAGACUCGCGAAUAUGGUGCGAUCCAUAGAUCAAAGAAUGCUGGGGGACUAUCUUCCACAAAACUUCCAAACCUUCGGUAACAGGAAGGACGUUUUGUUGGAGCACGUAACACUUGACAAGCUGCAAGAUGGCAGCAAUGAGAAUAAAGUUAUCUUGGGACGUGUCGUGGGAUCCAUACACCAUGAGAACUGCGUGCCAUUCACAUUCGCCCUAACAGACGAGAGUACGCUGUGCGUUUUGGUGUCCGUGUAUAAUUGGGCUGAAGGACGCGGCCCAGUGGUGGGAGACGCGGUCGCACUCCCCGAACCAGUCCUCGAACAUCAUCAAGGCACACAUGACGACCUGGAAUACGAAUUCAAGAGCAUCAGAGUGAACAAUCCCCUCUACUUGCUCAUCAACGGUAAACGUGUGAAUCGCUGUCAGUUUGCCUGCACAAGGGUCAAGAGCACGUAUGAAAUACACUAAAAUCUUCGUUCAAACAUUAAGUGUCCAAAGAUCGGUAAAAUACGGCCAAAACCAAUCAAAAUUGUUGCAGAACUUGUCGAGUCUUCGCAACGUGACUGUUUAAUGUCCUUGAUUAAAUUCCAUUACAUAAAAUUUGUAUAUCGAUCAUAUUAUUCGGCAUAUAUCAACACAAUGAAAUUGUGUUAUAAAAGUAUACUUAUAAAAAAAAAAAUAUGGCAACUUUACAUUUUUGUCGACAUCUAAAAUAUUAAACAAUAAUUUGUUAUUACAUUAUAAUGAAUAACCUUUAUUAAUAUUAAUUUAUAACCUGUAUUGAUGUCCGGUUGUAAUUAAUACAGUAUGACGGUUCAGUGAUAGAAUAUCACCCCAGCACUAUAUCAAGCAAGUGUCAAAAAAUAGUGUUACCGAUUGACAGUUAUAGAAAUUGUUUACAAUAAAGUGACAUAAGUUUAGGGUUGCCCUAUAAUAAAAUAUAUUUAAUAAUUUCAUGUUAAAGUCUGAAGUUAUUAAAAAUACUUAUUAUGUUUAUAUUUUUUUAAACAUGAAUGCUGUAUACUAGGACACUUUUUUGUUGUUAUAUUCAACCAACCUCUAUAUAACUAAUAUGCCAACAUGACAUUACAGGAUAGGCUUUGUAUCUCAUAUUAUCUCAUAUAAUUAAAUAGUACUAAUAUAAUAUUAAAAUAUUCUAAAUAUUACCAGUAGACGCUUCUAUCUUCUUUCCGCAUAUGUUGUCAAUUAUAUGUAAAUGUGAUUUCAAUAUUCAAUGAAAUCAGAUUUCUUGAGAAUUUUUGAAUCUUAUUGUUAGCUUAUAUGUGUGGGUUGUAUGGACAGACUGUUUUAAUAGAUUAAACGGUAUCCAUGGGAACAGGAAUUGAUAAACGAUUUGUUGGCCAAAUAUUUGGAAUAUUUAGACUUAGUAUGUUUAUAUAAAAUUAUUAUAUAUUUUCAAUAUAUUAUGUGAUUAGCUCAGUUAACUCGGAAUCAGCGAUGACAUAUAUUUUCUGAUUAACUGUAAGCUUAGACAGCAUAUCUUAUAAAUGUAUGUAUGUCGGGGACAGGGUGGUAUAUAUAAAACUGUGGCCUAGAGGUUUUUUGGGGUCUGUAUGUUAAUCUUAUAGAUUUUGUAUGUUGAUGCUUCUAACUUUUUUCCAUGUUAGUCUUAACGUAAGAUCUCAUAAUAGUAAUUCUAAUGGUUGUAUGUGAUUCAAUGAUGAAUUAAAUGUGAACGUAUUAUAAUCUGUAACUUAAACUAAAUGUAUUAAUAAAGGAAAUCAUUUAA